GGCAGCUUUUUGCACUUUUCGGAAUUGUCUCAAGAAUCUGACAACCAAAAAUGUUGGUCGAAUAAACCAGAGUUUCAGAAAUGUCAAAUACUCCACAGUGAAUGCAAGUGUAAACCAAGAUGGUGUCGUCUAUAGAUCAUCACCUCUUGAUUUACUCUCUGACGAAGAAAAAAUGAUGAAAGAAACAGUUUCAAGACUUGCAACAGAGAAAAUCAAACCAUUAGUAAGAAGUAUGGAUGAAAAGAGUGAAAUGGAUCAGAGUGUAAUUGAUGCUUUAUUUGAAAAUGGGUUAAUGGGUAUUGAAGUAGAUAGUGAAUAUGGUGGAACUGAUACAACAUUUUUUAAUGCUUGCUUGGUGAUAGAAGAAUUGGCUAGAGUAGAUCCAUCAGUUAGUGUCAUGGUAGAUGUACAUAAUACUUUAAUUACAGCUUUAUUUAUGAACUAUGGUACUAAAGAACAAAAAGAAAAGUAUUUACCGAGAUUGUGUUCUGAUAUGCUUGGUAGUUUCUGUUUAUCUGAAACAGAGUCUGGUUCUGAUGCCUUUGCUUUAAGAACAGCAGCUGUAAAACAAGGAGAUUACUAUGUUAUAAAUGGUGAGAAGUGUUGGAUUACCAGUGCUGGACAUGCAGGUGUAUUUCUUGUUAUGGCUAAUGCUAAACCUACAGAUGGUUAUAAAGGUAUAACAUGUUUUAUAGUAGACAGAGAUACAGAAGGUUUAAGUAUUGGUAGAAAAGAAGAUAAAUUAGGAAUCAGAGCAUCAUUUACAGGAACUGUUACUUUCGAAAAUGUUAAGGUACCAGAAAGUAAUAUAUUAGGUCAGUUUGGACAUGGAUAUAAAUAUGCUAUUGGAAUGUUAAAUGAAGGAAGAAUAGGAAUUGGUGCACAGAUGCUUGGUCUAGCUGAGGGUUGUUUUGAGAACACUAUACCCUACUGUAGAGAAAGGAAACAAUUUGGUAAAAGAAUAUUUGAUUUUCAGGGCAUGCAACAUCAAAUAGCUAAUGUAGCCAUGCAGAUAGAAGCAGCUAAAUUGUUGGUUUAUAAUGCUGCUAGAAGAAAAGAAGCUGGUCUUCCAUUUGUUAAAGAAGCUGCCAUGUCUAAAUUAUAUGCAUCUGAGGUAGCUACAUUAACAACAUCUAAAUGUAUAGAAUGGAUGGGAGGUGUAGGCUUUAUUAAAGAUUAUCCGGUUGAAAAAUAUUUUAGAGAUUGUAAAAUAGGAACUAUAUACGAAGGAACCAGUAAUAUACAACUCAAUACUAUAGCUAAAAGUAUAGAUCAAGAAUAUCAAUAAAACAACAGAGAUUAAAAGACUGAUGAUGAUAUGAUGUGUGAACUAUGUGACAUUCCUAUAGUGUGAAGGUGCAGAAGAAACUGACCUCAUUGUGGAGAAACCAUUUAAAACUUUGAAGUGAACCAGCACAAAUUUCAAACUAUCCUUAGAUAGCCUGCACUGUAGAUAUAAACAAGAAAAACAACUCCAUGUGAAUUUUUUGUAGACUACAGAAAUUCUGUACCAAACUCAUCAGGUGAUAUAGAACCAUCACAAAUGUUUAACCGCUGACAAUUUUACUGCGCUGUUUCAAUGUUACUAUCUUCGAUGUAUAAAAAAAUACAGCUCUUUGUACUAUAUACUUUGUGUAGACUAAGGUGUGUUUGUUAGGUAAUCAACAGUAAUAUUUUUCAGGUUUAAAACUGACAAAUUGUUAUUGUUAUGGGACACUUUGAUUCUCUAGUCUACUGCAAUGUUCCUGUGCUACUAUCUUUGAUGUAAAAAAGAAAGACAACUUUGUGUAGACUAAGAUCAAAAUUUAUGUGAGAUGAAAUAGAUUGAAAUAUUUUCAGACUAGUUAUUAAAAGAAACACUCAUUGUAUUUGUAAAUUAUAUUUCACUGAAUGAACGUUAGUAAAAAAUUUGUGAUAGUAUUAUGUUUAAUCAAAACAACAUUUAAGAAAUAAGAGAACUGAUUUAGCUCUUGAUAGUCUCUAUGACAUCUUGUUAUAUAAGUUGACCAGGGCUGUUUCUAACAUUCGCUCUAGAUACCAAUCAUGGCAUCAUAUUAUUACUUACCAGUAUAUC